UUACUGCAUUUGGUUUUCUCCUCAGACCACUCACAUAUAUGCACGCCGUGGGUAUCUUCUCUUAAACAACUGAUUAUUGAUCACGAGAACAACAUGCAUGCGUGCAAACUCCGUUCCAGUGUGUGGCGGUAAUGUAGCAACCAGAAGCAGUAACUGUCGUAGUAGAAGAAGAAAAAGGCGGAAGUGCAGCGGAUGUUUUGAGAAGCAGUCGGCAUCAAAAAUUACUUUUAAUAGGACAAUGUCUAAAAAGUCCAAAAAGAGAAAGCGCAAGAAGCAGUCGUCAUCCUCAAGUGAAGAAGAUGAGAGGUCAUCCCGGGAGCACAGUGUUUCCAAGCAUCGCAAAAGUGGCAAGAAGAAGCAUGACGUCAACAGUCAGGAGAGCUGUGCAGCAAACCAGGACAAGAGCGCCUCAACUGUUAAAGAUGUUUCCCAGAGCACCCGCCACAUCAAGAAGCCUGUCUACAGACUGGCAAAAACACAAGUGACAGACCAGAAACCUGUUAAUAAGGAAGGAAAAUGUACAGAAACUAAAAGUGCCUUUGUGUCAUUCCACUGGGGAAAAUGCUCUAGUAAAGCAAAACAUGACAUUUCAGGGAAAGACGCUUCUGUUAGUGGGAGUAAGACUGUGGAAAGGGGACACUCAAAACCCUCAAACAGCAACAGUGCAGGUACAGUUCCUCUGAGAAAAGAGGAGACGUCUAGAGGCAGCUCAGAUAAAAAGUCUUCCCACAGGAGCUCAUCCAAAUUAAAAGAGCAGCUAAUAAGUCCCAGUUUGGCUUCUGCUGAACAGAAAGAAAAGAGGGAGUAUCCACUGAAAAAUAAGUGCAGAGCUGAGGAGCCACCAAGGACUGGAGAUGACAGCAGCACUAUCAAGACCAGUAAACCAAGCAAGACCUCCUCCGUCUCCAAGGAUUCUCAGUGGCAGAAGAGCACGGACCUGUUCGAGAAGAUGUGCCAAAGGCAUCAAGAAAAGAAGUCCAAAAGGAGCACGCGUACAGAAGCAAAAACUCCACCUGCCUCUGCCACAAAGCAUUCCUCCCCUCCGGCCAAGCACACUACCUCAGUUAGUAGCUCAAGUGUGGUGAAGAAAGCCAUUGCAGUUCCAGGGAAUGUCACAUCAGUGUCACAGAAGACCACUAAGCCAUCAUCAUCUGCUCAACAACAAAUAUCCUCUCUUGCAUCACCCUCGCUUUUUAAUUUUAAGAUACCAAAAAAGGUUCAACCAAGGCCAGUAGAGAGCAUCGUUGAGAAUAAGGAUGUUAGUUGUACAAACAUAAAUCUCAACCACAGGACUGAGCUUUCAGACUCAGGGGCCUCAACGAGCAAUUGCCAGCAGGAAACUGUCCAACAAGCUCGCAGCUGUUUGGAUGUUACACCUGGUUUUUCAUCUGAAGGACAAGAUAAGAGGUCGUCUUUGUCAGGCCAACUCCCAGCUUCGUCUCAUACCACCAGUGAGCCGUGGUAUGAUCAGAGGCAAGUGGUUGAAGAGCUCCAUCUUGCCCGCUGUGAGAAGAGACUGGAGGUGAAUGUAAUGGAAAGCUAUGGCGAACUUACCGGUAUGGAAAUAGAUCCUCCAGAGGAGGGAGCUGCAGACGCACACUGUAAACAACCUCCUCAGCGAGACCUGAUCCUCGUUUUGGACACCAACAUUCUCCUCAGUCACCUGGAUUAUGUGAAAAAGAUCAUAUCUCACGGCCUUGGAGCUCUGGGCUGCCCUGUCGUUCUCAUCCCCUGGGUCGUGCUUCAGGAGAUGGAUUCCCUAAAAAGGGGGAGAGGUCUGACAGGUUCUGUGGCCCACCUGGCAACUCCUGCCAUCUCGUACAUUUACAACUCUCUGAAGAGCCGGGAACCUCACCUCUGGGGCCAGUCUAUGCAGCAGGCCGCUGAGAGCAGCAAUGGUCUGAAUGCCGAGAAUAACGAUGACAGGGUGCUGCAGUGCUGCCUGCAAUACCAGAGUCUAUACCCAGAGUGUGCUCUCAUUCUAUGCACUAAUGAUAAGAACCUAUGCAGUAAAGCUCUCCUUAGUGGGGUGAAGGCAGCCAGCAAGAGUGAUUUGGAGGCAGAGGUUGGAAGAUCCAGGCAUGGCUUUCAUCCUCUGCAAAGCAUUAAGACUCCUAUGCUGCCCCACAUCAGCCCGCAGGUCUCAUCACCAAUGCAGAGCAGGAGCUCUACACCGGUGCAGCCACACAGUCAAGAGAGAGCAGGUCUCUCUGUAGAGGAGAACGAUAACAAGCGGCUGAGCAAAAGAGAGGCUGAAGAGAAGACAAACUGGGACCCUAGCAUUGUUUCUGAGCUAGAGGACUGCCUGCGAGAGGUGCUGUCUGAUGCGUUAGAGGUCGAGAUGAAGGCUGCGUUCGAAGACCUCUGGCUAGAAAUAAUUUAUAUUAAACCACCCUGGAGUCUUCGAGAUGUCCUGCACUGUUUGAAAAAGCACUGGAUUGCUGUUUUUGGGCACGUUGUCCCACGAAGGAAGCUGCAAACUGUUUCAAAUCUCAUUGACUUCUUCAACUCAGGUGAAACAGUGGACUGUCGCACUACCUCAGCAGUCCUGCAAGAAGCCAAGGAGCUUGUGAAAGCAUUUGACAAAAGUUCAAGCCAUGUCCCAAGUGCCAUCUCCAAACUGGACAAUAUAUACAAUAAGCUACACCCGCAGUGGGAAUCUCCUGCCUGCGAUGUUGUCAUGAAUGAUGAUGAUGAUGAUGAUGAUGAUGAAGACAAACAACCCUCGUCUGUUCAGGUCUCUCACCAGGAAGUGUGGGCCGUGUUUGAGAACAUCUGGAGUAAUGUGUGUCAAGUAAGCUUCGAAGUGUUCAAAGCUCUGGGCUUUGACCAUCACACCAUGCAGAGCACUAAGCCAGUGGGAGGGCCUCCGCCACAACACGACGCCUUGGUCUAUUUGUACAAACUGUCCUCCAUGGUCUCACAGCUGCUCCAAGCCUUCAGCAGUGUCUUGUCCUCAGCCCCUGGUUUAGAGGAAGUACGGACACUGCUCAGCAUUAUGCACUCAAAUGAGAUUGUUGACGUGGACUCCAGAUUGACAGCCAAAGACCUUCUUGACUGUUUCUCACAACAAGACUACAGGGAGAAGCUGAGACUCGGAGGGAUCCAGUUAAUGGGGUUAAAAGAGGCCCUGGAUCGUUGUGUUGGGACCACAGGUCACAACAUGACCUUUACCACAUCGCCGCCCUGACUGGAUCAGAAUCAGGGAGUUUGCACAUCAACCAGAUGCGCAGAAUAAACUGUUACCCUUGACUUGAAGUAAACACUGUAAUUUGAAGGGAUGUCUGCUUGCACUGUGCCUCUGGUGACUGGAACUGUUUACACACGUUCCGUUUCCGUAAAUGUAAGGAUGUCUAUGGGUGUUCUCCACCAUUCAUAAGGGCAAUACCUUUGUUUAGCAGAGCUUGUUUUAUCUUCAUGUGGCAGUUUUACAGUAUGCGGGGUUUGAGUACAUCAAGCACUGCUUUCACUGUCCUCUAAUAUUUCUUCAGGGAUUUUCCACCUGGUUCUGAUGUCUCCUGUCAAUUCACAGUUGAGCAGUGAUGUCAUUUUUCAUGCUUUGCAGGGCUUUUUAUAUUUCAGUUCAGUGAGUCUUCAAACAUUUCUGCACAUAAAAUAUUGUAUUAUUUUGUUAAAACUGAUCAGUUAAAUGACUAAUUUGUAUUAUUCAAACAGUUGUACUUGCAUUUAAAGCAGUUUGAUACAUAGUGUGCAAACAGAGUUUGAGAUAUUUAUUUGGAGAUUCUUUUUUGGACCAUAUGAAUGUGUGAUGCUACAACAGUGUACAAUUAAGUUUUACCCCUCGGUCCACUGAGACACAUGACAGACAACUUUUUUUAAAAAUAGCUAUAAUUAACUAUAUUUUAAUGUCUGUCUAUUAUUUUUCAACCCUGACACUAUUAAACAGCUGGUUCCUACUAUUUAUGAUUGUUCAGCUUCAGUUCACUGGGCUCAAAGGAAUACUACCACACUUUAUUGUUGAGAGUUACAUGAGAAGAACUAUACCAUCCUUUUAUCAGUCCAUGAAGCUACAAGAUGAUUAGCUUAGUUUAGCUUAGCUUAGUUUAGCAUAAAGACUGAAAACAGCUACCCUAGCUCUGUCUAAAGAAAAAGAAUAUGUGCACCAGCUCACUAAUUACAAUUAAAAUUUCUUUAAUCUGUAUAAAAAACAGUGGAAAAAAAUGACUAGCUUUGGUUUUAUUAUGUGCCAGAUGAUCCUUGUCGUGUAAGCUUUAGAGGUGCUAGUAGGCAGAUUUUGUUACAUUUGGACAGAGCCAGGCCACAUGUUACCCUCCGUUUCCAGUAUUGGUGCUAAGAUAAGCGAAGCUAAGCUAAACUAAGCUAAGCUAUGCUAAACUAAGCUAAGCAUCUUCAUAUUUAGCUUACAGACAAGAAAGAGGCAUCAAUCAGCUCAUCUAACUCUCAGCAAAAAAAGUGGUGUCUAUUCCUUAAAAUGUUAAACUGUUUCUACAAAGAGAGUCCAAUGGGAUGAUCAUUUAACCCUUUAAACUAGAAUUGUUUUCAAAAAUUCACAAUGUACUUCUGGUUUUACCAGAUUAAAGUCACAAAUAGGGCUGUAGACUUUACACAACUAAUGAACAACUAACUGCAAAUGUAGCUAAGAGAAUAAAACUGAGCUAUAAAUAUAGAGUGUAGCAUUUGAAGUGCCUAUUCUUUGAGCUCCUUUUUUUCAAAAUCAAGAUUUCUUAAAGCCAACAGAUUGAUCAAGAGUCCCAGUGAGAAGCUGAAACCAAAUGGCUAUUUGUUUUUAACUGAAAGUGAGGUUGUUGCACACAAUCAUAAAUGAUAAGGAACAAGACUGAGUUUAGUUUGAAACUGGUGAGUUUUCAGCUUUAGCUCAUUUUUGGUUAAUUUUUAAUUAAAACUGUAAAUCAUUUAAGAACAAAAACUAUAUUUUAUGUAAAAGAGUUCAGUGUUUACAACAAGAAAUUAAAUGUUUUGAAGCUUUUUCCUAA